GUAGCCAACGAGCGUACAUACUUGGCUUGGGUUCGUACAAGUUUAUCCAACAUGACAGUUGGUAUAGGUAACACGAAACAAUGCUUUAUUUUUCAUGAAGAUGAUACAAAUAGUUUCAUUGGAAAAUGCAUUGGUACUGUCUUUAUCUCUAUGGGGAUGGUCUAUUUAGUAUUUGCUUGCAUGCGCUAUUUUCAUUCUCAAGAAUCCAUGACAAAAGGCAAAUUUCCAUCCAGUCGUUCAAUUAUUCUUUUUAGUUCUAUCAUGACUUUAUGCGCGCUUAUUGCGAUAUUCGUCAUUAUUGCAAAAAAGUACUACACUUAA